AUGGAAUGUAAAUGCAUGGAAUGUGGAAAGACCUUUGCCCAGAAAAUCCACUCCUAUAAAUGCAUGGAAUGUGGAAAGAGUUUCAGUAGGAAAAGUAAACUUAUUUGCCACCAAAGGGUCCACACUGGGAAGGGACCAUAUAAAUGCAUGGAAUCAUACCUUAAUAGUCACAAAAGGAUCCACACUGGGGACAGACCAUAUAAAUGCAUGAAAAAUGGAAUGACCUUUAUCCGGAAAGGACAACUUAAGAGUCACAAAAGGAUCCACACUGGGGACAGACCAUAUAAAUGCAUGGAAUGUGGAAAGAGUUUCAUUAUAAACAGUAAUCGUAUUUGUCACCAAAAGACCCACACUGGGAAGCGACCGUAUAAAUGCAUGGAAUGUGGAAGGACCUUUAACCCGAAAGGACAUCUUAAUCAUCACAAAAGGAUCCACACAUAUAAAUGCAUGGAAUGUGGUAAUACCUUUACCUGGAAAGGAAGUCUUAAUCGUCACCAAAGGAUCCACACUGGGGACAGUCUGUAUAAAUGCAUGGAAUGUGGAAAGAGCUUUACCCGGAAAGGAAAUCUUAAUCUUCACGAAAGGAUCCAUACUGAGGACAGACCGUAUAAAUGCAUGGAAUGUGGAAAGAGUUUUAUUAGCAACAGUCAUCUUAAUUACCACCAAAGGAUUCACAGUGGGAAGCGGCCAUAUAAGAGACCCGACGGAGGCCCAGGGAUCUCCAGGGAUGGAGGCCGCCCUCAGCCCAGAGAUCCACCGGCGGCGCUUCCGCGGUCUGGACGGCUGCCGCCAGGAGGCCGAGGGGCCCCGGGAGCUUUGCAGCCGCCUGCACCGCCUGUGCCGCCAGUGGCUGCGGCCNGGGAGAUGCUGGACCUGGUGGUGCUGGAGCAGCUGCUGGCCCUGCUGCCCGCGGAGAUGGCGAGCUGGGUGAGGGAGUGCGGAGCCGAGAGCUGUUCGCAGGCGGUGGCCCUGGCCGAAGGCUUCCUCCUCAGCCAAGCCCAGCGGGAAGAGCCGGGAAAGGGGCAGCAAGAUCAGAGUGAAAUGAGAAAAGGAAAAUAUAGAAAAAGAGAAAAGAUGAAUUUGAAGAAUAUAAAUACGGUAGAAACUAGACUAGAGAAAAUCUACAAGCCUUUAGACACUAUGGAAAAUAACUUCUUCACUUCUACUUCACCAAAAAAACUGUAUAAGAAAGACAGAUCAUAUCCCUCUGUAAAUUCUGGGGGGGAUUCCAGUCUGAGCAAAAAGAAGACAUUGUGCAUGCAGUGUGGAAAGUGUUUCUGUAGCAAAAGUAAUUUUAAUCGCCACCAAAAAAUCCACACUGGGGAGAGACCAUAUAAAUGCAUGGAAUGUGGAAAGACCUUUAUCCAGAAAGGACAUGUUAGUCUUCAUCAACGGAUUCAUACUGGGGAGAGACCAUAUAAAUGCACGAAAUGUGGAAAGAGUUUCAUUAGCAACAAUAAUCUUAAUCGCCAUCAAAAGAUUCACAUUGGGGAGCGAUCAUAUAAAUGCAUGGAAUGUGGAAAGACCUUUAUCCAGAAAGGACAUCUUAAUCUUCAUAAAAGGAUCCAUACUGGGGAGAGACUAUAUAAAUGCACAGAAUGUGGAAAAUGUUUCAUUAGCAACAAUAAACUUAAUAGCCACCAAAAGAUUCAUACCACAGAGAGACCACAUAAAUGCAUGAAAUGUGGAAUGACCUUUACAUGGAAAGAACAUCUUAAUCUCCACCGAAAGAACCACACAGGGGAGAGACCAUAUAAAUGUAUGGAAUGUGGAAAGACCUUUAUCCAGAAAGGACAUCUUAAUCUUCAUCAAAGGAUACAUACUGGGGAGAGACCGUAUAAAUGCAUGGAAUGUGGAAUGACCUUUAUCCAGGAAGGACAUCUUAAUCUUCAUAAAAGAAUCCAUACUCAGGAGAGACCAUAUAAAUGCAUGGAAUGUGGAAAGACCUUUACCCAGAAUGGAGAUCUUAAUCGUCACAAAUGGAUCCACACUCUGGACAGACCGUUUAAAUGCACGGAAUGUGGAAAGAGUUUCAUUAGCAACAGUAAUCUUAUUUGCCACCAACGGAACCACACCGGGGAGCGACCAUAUAAAUGUAUGGAAUGUGGAAAGACCUUUACCCGAAAAGGAUAUCUUAAUCUUCAUGAAAGGAUCCACACUGGGGAGAAACCGUAUAAAUGCAUGGAAUGUGGAAAGAGCUUUACUCAGAAAGAAAAACUUAGUUGUCACGAAAGGAUCCACACAGGAGAGAGACCUUAUAAAUGCAUGGUGUGUGGAAAGAGCUUCAUUAGCAACAAUAAACUUAAUCGCCACCAAAAGAUUCACACGGGGGAACAAUCAUAUAAAUGCAUGGAAUGUGGAAGGACCUUUACCCGAAAAGGAUAUCUUAAUCUUCAUGAAAGGACGCACACUGGAGAGAGAGCAUAAAUUCAUGGAAUGUGGAAAGAGCUUUACUGAAAAAGAAAAACUUAGUCAUCAUGAGCCACAUAAUUCUGUCAGGUGUUUUUUUCUAAAGUGCCCAGCUUCUACAAGGG